AUGUCUAAUUACAGUCUGAUGUUUAAGUAUAUAAUCAUAGGGGAUACAGGAGUAGGAAAGUCGAGCAUCCUUUUGUAAUUGAUUGAAAAUGAAAUCAGAGAGUAACAUGAUGCCACAAUAGGUGUUGAAUUCGGAGCAAAAAUCAUUAAAGUGAAUGGGAUGAACAUCAAAUUGUAGAUAUGGGAUACCGCUGGUUAAGAGAACUUCAGAUCUAUUAUUCGUAGUUAUUAUCGAUCAGCUAUUGGAGCUUUACUGGUGUACGAUAUUACGAAUAAAAACUCGUUUCAUAAUUUGCAAAGAUGGAUGGAAGAGAUAAAAAAUAAUGGGAAUGCCAAUAUGGUAAUUGUGCUAUGUGGUAAUAAGAUUGAUUUGGAAUCCGAGCGAGCAGUAACAUAUGAAGAAGGGUGGUAAUAUGCCCAAUCAUAGUCACUGAUCUUUCUUGAGAUAUCUGCCAAACAGGGUAUCAAUGUGCAAUCAGCAUUCUAUUAAUCAACACAAAGGAUCUUGCAGGAGAUUGAUGAUCAAAAAAUACUGCUUGGAUAAGAUCCAGGAAUCAAGAUUGGGGGAUAGUAUAAAAAGAGGGAUAAGGAAAUACAAGUAAUAAACACUUAUGAAGAAGCUGUUUAGUUGAAAACAAUAGAUACUCCUAAUGGAAAUAAUUGUUGUUGA